AUGAAUAAAGUUUGUUCAUCAGAGAUCUACUUUGCAACUGUCGAGUGCCUUACUGGAGCUGGAGCCGGUCCGACAAGUCCAUGGAUAUCACUGCCAAUUAAAGGAACUGCGGACGAUGGAAGCUCAUAUGGCGAUGGCGUGGUGGUGACGAAAAGCAGAAGUGGUCGAGUUAACGUGGGGCUAACUCCUGCAUUCAAAUUUGAUACUGGCUGCUAUUUUUAUGCCAUAAACGCAACCAUCAGAGGUGCUAAAACUGUUUUUGCAAGAACCGAAGAAACAUGCUACACGCUGACGUCACCAAGCUUCAUAAUGAUCUACAUAGCAAUAUGCAUUCCUCUUAUAUUGAUCGCUAUCAAAGUUUAUCAAAGCAAGUUCCCUAAGAAGAAACCAGUACCGCCUCCAAAACAUCGCCAUAGGAAGAAGAAACCGAGCCAAAGUGGAUCUGAUUCCAAGUCCCAAGGAAGCAAAGCUAGAACUGUUCCCAGUAGGAGCGUAUCUCAAAACAAGGCUAGAACUGUGCCCAGUAGAAGCGUAUCACAAUCUAGGCAGAGCAAAAAAUGA